AUGGCGACGGCGAUGGCUCUGCUCCGCCUCGCGGUCCUCGCCGGCGCCGUCGCGCUCCUCCUGCCGGCCGUCGCCGAGGCCCGCAUCCUCCUCUCGCUCGACGACUUCGGCGCCGUCGGCGACGGCAUCGCCGACGACACGCAGGCCCUGGUGGACGCAUGGACGGCGGCCUGCGCCAGCACCAACGGCCACGUGGUCAUCCACGUGCCCGCCGGCAGGUCGUACCAGAUCUGGCCGGUGACGCUCGCCGGGCCCUGCAGGGACGAGAUCAUGAUCUUCGUACGCUCCUUCCUUCCUGCCUGCCUGCCGCCGCGUGCGCUUCUCUCGUCCGGCAUGCACGCACCUGCGCGUCUUCGCUCAUCGAGUCUUGGUUUGUGCCCCUGCCCGGUGGGACAGGUCUCCGGGAACAUCAUCGCGCCGGACAGCCCGGAGGACUGGGAGCGGCGCGACGGCGGCAAGUGGCUGCACUUCUUCCAGGUGCAGGACCUGACGGUGAGCGGCGGCGGCGUCAUCGACGGCCGCGGGCAGGAGUGGUGGGCGCAGGCCUGCAAGGGGAGGCACCGCAACGACAAGCAUUGCACAGCCCCGGAUGCUCCCAAGGCGCUUCACUUCGAGGAGUGUCAUGGGGUGCGGGUGCAGGGCGUGACGCUGCAGAACGGGCAGCAGCACCACCUGACCUUCACCCGCUGCUCCAACGCCAGGGCCAGCUUCCUCAGGGUGGCCUCGCCGGAGAGCAGCCCGGGCACCGACGGCAUCCACCUCGUCAACUCCAUCAGCGUCCACGUCAACGAUGUCCACAUCGCCACAGGCGGCGCUUGCGUGUCCAUGGUCGGCAAUUGCACCGACGUCCGCCUCAGAUACGUCUCCUGCGGACCUGGCAAUGGCAUCAGUAUUGGGAGCAUAGGCGAGACCCCGGUGGCUGACAGGCUCGAAAAGAUCGAGGUGGACACCAUGUUCAUCGCCAACACCUCCAACGGCCUCCUCAUCAAGACCUGGCAGGAUGGCUGCGGCUACGCGCGCAAGGUGAAGUUCGCCAACGUGGUGAUGAAGAACGUCUCCGACCCCAUCAUCAUCGACCAGUACCGCUCCGAGCACCCCACACCCUGCGGAUCGACCGCGGCGACGAGGACGGUGGCGGUGGAGAAGAUCGACUACGUGAACAUCGCCGGCACGUCGGCGUCGAAGCGGGCGGUGACCUUCUCGUGCAGCGACGUCGUGCCGUGCAGGCAGGUGUCGCUCAAGGACGUGAACCUGAAGCGCCUCAGCGGCCGCGGCGCCUCCGCCUACUGCCGCAGCGCGUCCGGGAAGGCCGCCGGCGUCGUCGUCCCGGAGUCCUGCCUCGACGGAACCAGGGGGGCCGCUGGCGACGAGGAGGAGUGA